GUAUUUUGUGCUACAAAAAUUGUAACCAAAUUAAAAUAACCGAGGGAGUAUUUUUGCAGCCCACCAAACUCCGUCUUUGGAGUCUCCGAAAAAUUGAUUUCCCUGUCUGUAGUUCACCCAUCCUCCUCAUAAUUUCUCCCAAUUGAAUCCAUUCUGUGUCAAAUGGGCUCAAAAUACUCUCAAAGUUUCAUCUUUCACAAUCUCUCCAGCUAAAGAUCUCUUCUUCUAAAUCAACUUUUACUGUUCGUCUUGUUCUUUUGAUCAAUGGCGACUUCAUAUGGCUUCUUCUCACCUUCUGUACCUUCUAGUCUCAACAACAAAAUUUCGCCAUCUUUGGGCAUAAAUGGAUCUGGGUUUUGCUCCCAUUUGGGUAUCAGUAAAAGGGUUUUCUGUUCGUCCAUUGAAGCUUCUGAGAAACAUGCUGCAGCUGGGGUUUCUUCCAGUGAAUCGAGAGUUUCUAGGCUAGUAAAUAGGGGUUGCAAGCUAGUUGGUUGUGGUUCUGCUGUUCCAAAGCUGCAGAUCUCCAAUGAUGACCUUUCUAAAUUUGUUGAAACUUCGGAUGAAUGGAUAGCUACUCGAACUGGGAUCCGCCAACGACAUGUUCUUUCAGGUAAGGAUAGCUUGGUAGACUUGGCUGCCGAAGCAGCAAGGAAUGCUCUUCAGAUGGCCAACGUUAAUCCUGAUGAUAUUGACCUUAUCUUGAUGUGUACUUCUACACCAGAGGACCUCUUUGGCAGUGCUCCUCAGGUACAAAGAGCAUUGGGAUGCAGCCGAACUCCGUUGUCUUAUGAUAUUACUGCAGCCUGCAGUGGAUUUAUGCUGGGUUUGGUGUCAGCUGCUUGUCACGUAAGGGGUGGUGGAUUUAAGAACGUGCUAGUUAUAGGUGCCGAUGCUCUUUCUCGUUUCGUUGACUGGACUGAUAGAGGUACUUGCAUACUUUUUGGUGAUGCUGCUGGAGCUGUAGUUGUGCAGGCUUGUGACAGUGAAGAAGACGGCAUGUUUGCUUUUGACCUGCAUAGUGAUGGCGGGGGCGGAAGGCAUUUGAAUGCAUCCCUGUUAAACGAUGAGACUGAUGCAGCAAUAGGCAACAAUGGUGCGGUGACAGGUUUCCCCCCGAAGCGGCCAUCUUAUUCAUGUAUUAAUAUGAAUGGGAAAGAGGUCUUUCGCUUUGCUGUUAGAUGUGUGCCCCAGUCUAUUGAGGCUGCACUUCAAAAGGCUGGUCUAACUAGUUCCAACAUUGAUUGGUUAUUAUUGCAUCAGGCAAACCAGAGGAUUAUUGAUGCGGUUGCAACACGUUUGGAAGUUCCUUCAGAAAGGGUAUUGUCUAAUUUGGCAAAUUAUGGUAACACCAGUGCUGCAUCAAUCCCCUUGGCAUUGGAUGAAGCCGUUCGGAGUGGAAAAGUUAAGCCAGGAAAUAUAAUUGCGACAUCCGGAUUUGGUGCUGGUCUUACAUGGGGUUCGUCCAUUAUUAGAUGGGGAUAAACAAAGAAAGACAGAUUUAUGGACAUCAUUACAGUGUUGAAGAUGAAUGGGAAAGGAGGAAGUGUGUUUGUUUAACACUUGCAAUCCAUUCCAUACUCAAGAAGAAUUUCACUCCCUUUUGGUUAAGAUUAAGAUGUUACAAGAGCUGCAACUUCUCGUAAAUUCGUACUGCACAGAAGCUCAAUCAGAGAGGCCACUAGUGUUAUACCUUUUCCCCUAUAUCUGCUAAAUAAGUCUAUUUGUGGUCACCUAGGAAAAUAAAAAUUUCCCUUCAAUUCCCUGAGUUGUAAUUCAUUGUUUUUCGCAGUCAGUCAGUUAGCAGAACUAGGAAUUUUUUCAGGCAGAGUGAUUCAAAUAGCUUCUUCAGGCUUGCUCUUCCUAUCUGUUAGACCUUGUAUCAGUUAUUCAGUUGUAUGUUGUACUCUUUCGUUAUGCACUUUUCAUCUUCAUUCAAUCAUUAAUCAGAGUUACUUGCUGAUUUACUGAAAA